AUGGCAGUGAAAUGCAGCGACAGUCCACCAGGCACUUCAAACCUGAAAGUGGUGACAGAGUUCCUUCGAAGCUUGAUGGACAACGCAAAAACCUCCAGAAAGAAGCUCCUCCUCCUCUUUGUGUUUUCCCUCGUCCUCGUAGCCAUCUUCAGCGUUCAAUUCUGCGUUCAAUUCUCCGACUUCUCCAUGCAAAACUACAUCCCCAGACGUGAGUGGCCCACUGUCACCUGCCCCUUCCUGGUCUCCCAGCAGACCAUCACUCCCAUUGACAACACCAAGCAUCUGCUGGUUUCUGGCUACAUGGAUCAGAGAGUGAAAGGUCUGGACGUUCGAAUCAUCAGCAUAUUCAACAAAACCGCCACUCAUCCGAUGCACUGCCUCUUCUGCUGCGCCGGCUCAUUAAGUACAUCGACUCCAGCGUCCAUUCUCCCGCAUCCAGAAGAUUUUGGAUUUGCCUACGUCACAACAGAUGUCAUGUGUCAGAUUCCCCAAGACUGCGAUGCCACCCAUGUCACAGUUUUGACCGAGCCAUUCACGAAGGACCCGACCAAGCCGUCGAACCACACGUGGCUUCCUUUAAGGAAUCGGAAUAAGCACUUAUCAGACCAAGAAAAGCUGAAGUUUAACUUCACUGUUUGUAUCUCCAGCCUUUUCGGUGACUAUGACAAUGUGCUUCAGUUUGUCCAGACCCUCGAGAUGUACAGGUUGCUGGGAGUAGACAGAGUGGUCAUCUAUAAAACCAGCUGUGGCCGAAACCUUGACCGAGCGCUGCAGAUUUACAGCCAGGAGGGCUUUUUGGAAGUUGUCCCCUGGCCCAUCGACAAGUAUCUGAAUCCGUCCCAUGGGUGGCUUUUCUCCAGAUCUGGAGGGGACGUACACUACUUUGGCCAGAUGACGACUCUAAACGAGUGCAUUUAUAGAAGUAUGGAGCGCUCUCGCUACGUCCUGCUAAACGACAUGGAUGAAAUCAUAAUGCCGUACCAGCAUAACAACCUGAUGUCACUGAUGGACGCUCUCCAAAAGCAGCAUUCAAAGACCGGGGUCUUCCUCAUCGAGAAUCAAAUCUUUUCCAAGACAAUAUUUGAGCCAAGCCGGAGGUUUCACCUGCCUCAGUGGGAAGGGGUUCCAGGAGUGAACAUCCUGGAGCACAUUCACAAGGAGAAACCUAAUGGAAAAGUUUCCUGUCGGGAGAAAAUGAUCAUUCAGCCAAGGAUGGUGGAGCAGACUUCAGUGCACUACGUCAUCAAGGCUUUCAGCAACAAAGUCAAGGUUCCACUCGACGUUUGUGGGAUCAUUCACGUUCGUCAUUCUAAUCGGGGCCAAGGCUACAAGGACUUUCAGAUGGACAAGCGCCUGUGGGACUUCAAGGAACUGUUGAUUCCCCGUGUUGACGAGGUGUUGAAGAAAGUGGGUCUGCUGAAUCAGACAGGUAGAGCUGAGGCGUGA